UAUUCAUCUGAGAGAAACGAAAGUAAAAUGUUUGGUCACUUUCUUUUUUGCUUUCGUAUUCCAUGAAAGGAGCUGUUUGAAUUCAGGUCAUCAUUUGUUCUGAAACAAAAUUUAGAAUAAAGAGUAAGGAGCCAUCGAACACCAGAUCAAUAUGUCACGUAAUGCGGAUAUCGACGAGGGACUCUACUCCCGGCAGCUGUAUGUGCUGGGUCACGAGGCCAUGCAUCGCCUGAAGACAGCCGACAUUCUUAUUGCUGGAAUGCGUGGGCUAGGUGUGGAAAUAGCCAAGAACAUCAUUCUGGCAGGAGUCAAAUCUGUAACAAUUCAGGAUGAAGGUUUGACACAGUGGCCUGACCUGUCUUCUCAGUUCUACCUGGGGGAAUCAGAUGUGGGCCAGAACCGGGCUGAGUGUUCGCUGCCUCAUUUGUGUCAACUCAAUGCCUAUGUCAAAGUGUCUGCCUACACUGGCCCACUCACAGAGGACUUUCUGGCCCAGUUCCAGGUGGUGGUGCUCACUGACAGCUCCCUGGAUGAGCAGUGUCGCUUUGGGGACUUUUGUCACUCCAAUGAAAUCAAAUUCAUUGUGGCUGACACAAAAGGUCUUUGUGGACAGCUCUUCUGUGACUUUGGAAAGGAGUUUGAGGUGAUGGAUGCUAAUGGAGAACCUCCCAUUUCCGCUAUGAUUGCUCAUAUCUCGAAGGGAAAUCCUGGCAUUGUCACAUGCACAGAUGAGGGGAGACAUGGGUUUGAAGAUGGAGGUUAUGUGACCUUUUCUGAUAUCAGAGGCAUGACAGAACUCAACAGCUGUGGGCCAGUCAAGGUGAAAGUCCUGGGCCCUUAUAGCUUCAGCAUUGGUGACACUUCAGCUUUCUCUGAAUAUAAGAGAGGAGGAGUUGCCACAGAGGUCAAGAGGUCAAUGAAAUUUACCUUUGAACCCCUCAGAAAAUCUAAGAUGCACCCUAAGAUGGUAAUGACGGACUAUGGGAAACCAGAGAAACAUGAAACACUGCACUGGGCUUUCCAAGCCUUGCAUGCCUUUGUGAAGACCAAUCAAAGAUUGCCCAAGGCCAGAGCUCAGACAGACGCUGAAACACUGCUCUCCAUGGUGAGGCAGCUGAAAGAGGAGGCCCAGCUGCAGCAGCUGGAUGAGGACCUCGUGCGCAAGCUGUCCUUCACUGCCAGGGGGGACCUGGCCCCUGUCAACGCUUUCAUCGGGGGCCUAGCUGCUCAGGAAGUGAUGAAGGCCUGCAGUAGGAAGUUCACUCCUCUGCAGCAGUGGCUGUACUUCGAUGCUCUGGAGUGCCUGCCUGAAGAGGACGAACAAGCACAGGUCCUAACUGAAGAGGCCUGUGAACCUAGAGACAGCCGGUACGAUGGACAGAUAGCAGUGUUUGGAAAAGCCUUCCAGGAGAAACUGGCCAUGCAGAAGUACUUCCUGGUAGGGGCAGGUGCCAUUGGCUGCGAACUGCUGAAGAACUUUGCAUUGAUUGGUCUGGGUGCUGGAGAGGGCGGGCACAUCACUGUCACGGACAUGGAUUCCAUUGAGCGGUCAAAUCUGAAUAGACAGUUUCUAUUCAGGCCCCAAGACAUUGGAAUGCUGAAAUCGGAGGUGGCCGCGAGGGCGACCGUGGGCAUUAACCCCUCCAUGCAGAUCACGGCGCACCAGAACCGAGUGGACCCAGGCAGCGAGGUGGUCUACGGGCACCAGUUCUUCUCCGAUCUGGACGGAGUGGCGGCGGCCCUGGAUAAUGUGGAAGCGAGAGUCUAUCUGGACGGACGGUGUGUCAUGCAUCAGAAGCCUAUGCUGGAAGGUGGCACACUAGGAAGCAAGGGCCACACACUGGUUGUCGUACCCUUCCUGACAGAAUCGUACGGGCCGGCCAAGCCGGGGUCUGAGAAAGAGAUUCCACUCUGUACCCUGAAGAACUUUCCCUACCGCAUUGAGCACACACUGCAGUGGGCCAGAGACCAGUUUGAGGGACUCUUCAAGCAGCAAGCUGAAAAUGUGAACCAGUACCUGGAUGAUGACGGCUUCCUGCAGCGCACCCUGGAAAGGGGGGAGGCAGAGGCUCUGGAGAUCCUGCAAGGGCUGUGCCAAAGCAUUGAGGAUCAGCGUCCAGGGGGCUGGGAGGACUGCGUGGGGUGGGCCCGUCGUAAAUGGGAGACCCUCUACAACAACGACAUCCGGCAGCUCUUGCACUGCUUCCCCAGUGAACAGAUGACAAGCUCUGGCUUGCCCUUCUGGUCAGGCCAAAAGAGAUGUCCCCAUCCUUUGACAUUUGACCCCAACAAUACCACCCAUAUGGACUACAUCGUAGCAGCGGCUAACCUCUACGCUCAGAUCUACGGGAUUGAGGGUACGCGAGAUCGCACAGCUAUAGGGAAGGCCCUGCAGCAAGUCCAGAUUCCCAACUUCACGCCAAGAUCCGGAGUGAAGAUCCAUACCACUGACCAGGAAAUGGAAAAUGACAAGGGAGAUGUGGACGAGGACUUGCUGGAGCGUCUGAAAGGGAGGCUUUCUUCACGCCCAGAACAGAAGAACUCCUUCAGGAUGCAUCCGGCUGAAUUUGAGAAGGAUGAUGACACCAAUUUCCACAUGGACUUCAUUGUUGCAGCGUCGAACCUGAGGGCUGAGAACUAUGAUAUCCCCCCUGCUGACUGGCACAAGAGCAAGCUGAUUGCCGGCAGGAUCAUCCCAGCCAUCGCUACAACAACGGCGGCGGUGGCAGGUCUCAUGUGUUUGGAGCUGUACAAGGUGGUUCAGGGUCACAGAAACAUAAGGUCCUUCCGCUCGGCCUACAUCAACAUGGCCGUCCAGCACUACGUCAUGUCUGAGCCCUUCAGAGCCCCCACAUACUAUGUUGCUGGAAAGAAGUACUCCCUGUGGGAUGAUUUCCCAGUGCAGGGCAUGAGCGCAUCUCAGAAGGAAAUGACCUUGAGGGAGCUCUUUGCCCACAUUAAGCGAGAGCACAACUUGGAGAUAACCCAUCUGUUUUAUGGACCUGCCAUGCUGUACUACAACGGCGCCAAUGUGGAAAGACUGGAACAAAGUGUGUCCGAUGUGGUGCGCACUGUUACCAAGACUGAGAUCCCAGCACACCAGCAGGUCCUGGAGUUCACCGCCUCAUUCGCUGAAGAUGAGGAGGACAGUGAGACCGCCCCACCCAUCCGGUACCGCUUCAGAUGAAGUCAGCCUGAUUCAGCCGGCCUCAAAGAGGACCUGGAGGAAGAGCCAAAGGCAUCACCAUAAGGAUCUGCCUAUAAAAUUAAAUCACCAAUAAAUUGAUGUUUUGAUUGCUGAUUACUGAACUUGCCAAUCUGUGAUUAUGAGGGAAGUGUGUGGAAAAAAUCUAUCCAUAUUAAAAUAUGUAUGCUUUAGCCUUUUGGAUUGUUAUGGUUUAACUAUCUCAGGAAGUAAAAAUCAUGUCCUUUAUUAUUAUUACUGUGUAUUCUCUUGUAAUCAUUCCUCACUUAUAUCUUAAGAUUUAGCCAUAGCUUUACUGGCUUAGCCUUAAAAAUUAGCCAAAGCUUUAUUGUGUGAGCUAGACUUGAUGUUCAUGGCUAAGGAUAACUGACCUUAGACAGAAUUGUGCCUCAUCUGACCAGUGUUUGUAUUUUUUUCUGAUGACCUUCGGAAUGCACUUAUUGUACGUCGCCUUGGAUAUGAAGUGUCUGACAAAUAAAAUGCUAUGUAAUGUG